UGCAAUCACGCCAACUGGUGACUAUAUUUUGAACUAGCGAAAACGGGUCGGCUGAUUAAUGUCAUAUGUAAACUGUAUGUAAACAAAUCCGUUUCUUAAAUUUUAUUAAUAAUAAACAUUAAAAAAGGACAUUACCCUAAGUUCUAUUAAUAAUAAAAAAAAUGUUUUUAUCAAUGUGCAAAGUAUUGGAUUAUUUGGAGUCUACAACGAGAAGCCGAAAUUUUAUUGAAGGCGAGCAAGUUGUCAAUGCGAAUCAUUUAAUUUAUACGGGAAUUUUGAGUGAAAAUGAAGAGCAGUAUGAAUUAUUAUCAUAUUGUAUACAAUCAUCCAAUACUCGGGGAGAUCCUCACGAAAUAACAACAGUUAUUAGUAAAACUGAUAAGGUUAUUUCCUCAGUGUGCAGCUGUACAGCUGGGAACAGUGGAACAUGUAAACAUAGUGCUGGUGUUUUGGUGUUUUGCACACGUAAUGAUUUGGCUGGCUUCAAAACGGUUUCAUCAACAGACAGGAAAUGUCUUUGGAGUGCACCUCGCAAUGCUUGUUUGGAACAAUAUAAUCCAAAGCCUUUGAGUGAACACGGCUGCUUCAAUAUAAAGAAAAAUCACAAGGAACUAAGUGAUGAUGUCAAGAAGUCAAUCAAGGAAAAACUUUUUUCGAAAAAUUUAAAAUCAGCUUUGUCAGAGCAUGCAACUGGAAGGCAUGCUCCACUGCAACAACCUACUAUUGAAACUGUACCUCCUGAGAACUUACAACUUAUCCAACGUUUGAUUUCACACUCAUUCUCGUCAUCAAUCCUACUCAAUCUUUCUGAAAAACCCUUCCGACCACUGAGAGAAUGUUGCCAGAAACUUUUAGAGCAAUUAAUUGGGAAUCCUUAUAAUAUUUGUUUAGAAACUCAAAAAUUUUAUAGUGUUUGGCAGAAAGAACGUCAAUUUCGAAUAACUGGCUCGCGAUGUUACGAGUUAUACACUUAUCGAAAAAAUUUAAAACCCAAUUGGAAAAAUAAGUCUAUGAAAUAUUUCUAUCCGACAAAUAUUAGCACUCCAGCAAUGAAACAUGGUCUAAAAUUUGAACCUGUUGCUCGAGAAACAUAUCAAGAAUUAAAUCCAUCUACCAAUGUAUUUCAAUGCGGACUAAUAAUUUCUAGAGACAAUCCGUGGUUAGGAUAUUCUCCUGACGGUAUUAUUUUCGAUAAGGAUAAACCAAUUAAAUUGUUAGAGAUUAAAUGUCCAUAUGAGGGUAAAUCUUUACCUGUAAAUGAAGUUAUUUCUAAACUCAAUUUCAUUCAAACAAAUCCAAAAGAUGAAAGUAUUUUGAGUUUAAAAAAAAAUCAUAAGUAUUAUGGCCAAAUUCAGUUCGGAAUGGGUAUUUUAAAUAUUCAAAAAACUGAUUUUAUUAUAUUUUCUUCGUUUGAUAAAAGUAUGAAAGUUUUAACAGUAGAUUUUGAUAAACAAUUCGUAAACGAUUUAUUCACAUCUUUAAAAUUAAUAUAUUUCAAUGAAAUGUUACACUAUGCAUGCACAGAUGAACAUAAACAAAAUUAAAUGUUGAUUAUUUGUGAAUAACCGUUCUUUAAAAAUA